AUCUGUUAAUAAUUUUUCAAAAAAAGGAAGAAUUAAAGAAUGAAAUGAAUAGACCUGUUCGGUGACUACUAUCUAUAAAUAGGCAUGCCUUCAAGCCAGAAAUUCUCACCCCUCACCAAGCAACAAAACUUACAAGAAUUUAUAUCAAGACAGCCUCUUUACAACAAUGAAGGGUUUUCAUUUCCUUGUAGCAUUUGCCCUGUUGGCUCUGGCUUCCACACUUGCCUCUGCCUCUGACCCAGGCCCUCUUCAGGACUUCUGUGUAGCAAUUAAUGAUACCAGAACUGGUGUUUUUGUUAAUGGCAAGUUCUGCAAGGACCCAAAGCUUGCCAAACCAGAAGACUUCUUCAUUUCGGGGCUCAACGUUCCAGGAGACACAAAAAAUCAACUAGGAUCAAAAGUCACUCUAAUCAAUGUUGACAAAAUACCAGGACUCAACACACUUGGCAUAUCUCUUGCCCGAGUAGACUAUGCACCCUAUGGCCUAAACCCACCUCACACUCACCCUCGUGCCACGGAAAUCCUAACUGUUGUGGAGGGCAUACUCUACGUUGGCUUCGUUACAUCCAACCCGGAUAACCGUUUCAUCACCAAAGUCCUAUACCCUGGAGAUGUCUUCGUUUUCCCAGUAGGUCUCAUUCACUUCCAGUUCAACAUAGGGAACACCAAUGCUGUUGCCUUUUCUGGUCUGAGCAGCCAAAACCCAGGGAUUAUCACCAUUGGAAAAGCAGUCUUUGGCUCAGAACCUGUCGUCAAUCCUGAUGUUCUCGUUAAGGCCUUCCAGCUGGACAAAAACAUCGUUAACCAACUUCAGUCCCGGUUGUGGCCGUUAAACAACUAGAGGACUAUUUCUACACCCAUGAAAUUUAUGUAGUAAAUUGUUAUGGAUAUUGUUUGAUUUGUUUCUUUCAUUGAAUUUAUUAUAAUUCUUGGAUUGGAAUAUAAAAUAAAGAGGUUGCUCAUGUAAACCUAUCUGUAUUUUAAUUUGAUCAUAGAAUAAUAUGGAGUAUUGAAAUUUUUUUUGUAUUUUGGACCCACCACUUCUUCACGUAGGAAAUGAAAUCGUUUUUUCCACACUAGCCUCUG